GUGUAUUACGUCAUAAAAUAAAACAAAAGUACCCCAAAUGAAAACCUCCGGAACAACAUGUUCCGUACCGAAUUUAUAGGGGGACUAAUUUCUUUGUUGCUCGUAGACGGAGUGAAGUCGUGUUGCACACAUGAUUAGCCAUUUCCGUAACCUUAUUGUGUAAGUGUCUCAUUCAUUUUGUAUUUGCGUUAGUGGUACGCCAAUAUCUUCAGCAUCUUCUCUGGGCAUCGGUGCUCCAGAUAUUUUUAAAUUUUUUCAAAUGAAAUUAAACUACUGCCGGCAGAAAGUGCGACCGUCUUCUCGAACCCCUGUCGGUUCCCAUGGGAAGUGUCCUGGCCUUGUCCUCUCGCCCAGGGCGUCAGAACUCCCCCUUCCCGCACGACAGGCCGCUCUCGCGAUGGGACCGGAGGGACGGUCGCCUUUCCAACCCCGGCAGCUUUGACGGGCUACAUCGCAGCUGCAAAGAUGUGUUUCCUCAACAAACCGAAGGAGUCAAACUGGUUGUCAAUAAGAUUCUCAGCAGUUUCUUUAAGGUUAGCCACACUUUACAUCUCAGUGCUGUGGGCCCCUCAUGUUACCGUUUCCAUUCUUCGUACCUGCAGUCGGAUACUGACAGCAAGGAAGAGUACUCCCCCAUGCUGAUUGGUGAAAUGGACUCCUCCGGAAGUUUGAAUGCCCACUCCCUGCUCCAUUUAAGCGAGAGAAUCCGAACUAAGGCUGUAUUCCAGACUCAGCAGUCUCAGUUCGUCACGUGGCAGUUUGAGAUGGAAUACAGGGGGAGUGACUUCACCGCGGCCGUGACCUUGGCCAACCCAGAUAUUCUCAGGGAUUCAGUGAUCAUGGUGGCACACUUUCUACAGAGUGUCUCCUCACAGUUGGUACUAGGAGGGGAGCUUGUGUACCACCGAAGUCGGGCAGAAGAGGGUGGUAUCCUCACUUUAGCGGGCCAGUAUUCAGGGCCAAACUGGGUGGCAACAUUAAAUGCUGGCAAAGGAGGUGCCCACGCAAGCUACUACCACAAAGCCAACAAGCAGAUUCAGGUGGGGGUGGAGUUUGAGGCUAGCACUCGCACGCAGGAGACCACCUUCUCCUUUGGCUACCAGAUGGACCUUCCUGAAGCAAACAUGGUCUUCAGAGGCAUGGUGGACAGCCGAUGCAUCAUCGGUGCCGUACUGGAGAAGCGGCUGUCACCCCUGCCCGCCACCCUUAUCAUGGGGGCCUUCGUCAACCACCGUGGGGACAAGCUGCAGUGUGGCUUGGGGGUGAACGUUGGGUAGAUGGCCGUCCUGGAGGCUCCAGUGCCUAGAUACACUGUGGCAGGCCAAAGCGGUGGGGUUGCGGUGGCUGUAACUCACCCCCAGCACUCUGGCCCGUGCAUAUAUUAUCGAAUGGGGGGGGGGGAGGGGGGUUGACCUUCAAUUGAUCAGAUCUAAACUCCCAAAACUGGCGAGUCAAAGGGGAAUCCCCCUUUUUACACCAAUUCCACAAACUGAGUUUCGACCUGCGACCUCUGGACUCUCGCUGCCCCGAUAUUUCACGCCAGGUCCUGUGCCACCCCGCCGUGUGCUGUCUGGGCAGGCGCCAGGGUACAGCGUAGUAUAGAAACCCAGCAAAAAAAGAAGAUGCGUGGCAUCUAGACUCUCAGCCAGAAGGACGCCCAAGGUGUUUUCUUUUGGCUUUUAAAACCUACUGCCCUGCAACAGACUGUUCAGAAACUGCCCUGUGAUCUCACAGGCAAAUAGGUGAGGAUGUAAAGUCUGACCAAAAAAAAACAAAAAACAUCCAAAACUUGUGGAUAGUGCUACCUAGAAUCCUUUGCUUCUCAGUACUUAACAGAAUUUAAUGACAACUCCGUUAGUAUGAAUUAAUGGACAGGCACAUAAUAGCUUCUGGCUUUCUAUCUCAUUUCAAGUAAAAUUACUGACUGAUUGAUAACAUGUCCCGGCAUCCACUGUUAAUAAUGAUUCUGCGGGCAGCUGCAGCAGCCCAGAAAAAGUGUGGGGUUGUAUGUUUAUGGUGCUUAUCAAACCUCUAAACAGGGCAGCUGGUUUGGGGCUGCUCAUUGUUCCUGUCAUUAUAGUGCAGUGUCACUUAAAGUCUGUUACUUUACGGGUGACAUCUUAGGUUGUCUUAAGGUUAACUGUAGGUCUGUGUCUUUGAAAACACUGGGAAUAUUGAGUAUUGCAGAUGAUUAGGAAAAAUCAGACUUCAAAGGAAACUUAAUUGUUCGACUUGAAUUGCUCAGAAUGACUUUUUUCUCCAAAUGAAGUGUCAUAUUAAUACUUUAUUUGAGAUUUUUCUCAAAGAUCUAAGGGAAGCGGUUUUGGAUGGCGCCAGCAAUACUCAGUCUUUCCAUUCUGAGAACUAGGCUUUUAUUUCUGGAUCAGCAGCUUGGUGUGUCCAGGUCUGCACCCCGUUAGAACCCGGAAGCAGGAUGUGGCCCUUCGCUCUGAGACCAGUAUGAGUUUAGGGCGACCAGAGUUGUUUCGCAAAAACUCAGUGAGAGAGGCAGGUCAGGCUUGGUGACCAAACAGUGACCAUAAAGGAGGUUGCUGGUUUGAAUUACAAGAUAAACUUAAUGAUGUGACUCUUUCUAAAAUGUCUGUACACAUGGAUCUUGUGUAAUUAUCACAACAUGCUCUGAAUAGGGCAAUUUGUUAUGCAUAUGACAUCAUUUGACUAAGUUUUUCCUAAAAUUUGAGGCUUUUGUGACAUACUAUACUUUGCCUCGUUUUAAUUACUUAUAGUCCACAGUAGAGCUGUUUGCAAAAUAUUCAGGGUAACAUUCCAUUCAUGCAAAAAAAAAAAAAAACAGGAAUUGCAUCAUAACUAUUAUUAUAUUUUUUUUAGUUUUCAGGUGGCUCCUGUGGGCAGAUUUUAUUUUUAACCUUUAAAGGCACCAUAAGGCAUACCUGCAUCAGUUAAUUUCCCUUAAAACAUUAAGUAGCAUAUGAGAAAUGUUUUAUUGUUUGCUUGUCGCAUUGGGCAGCAUUUCCAUUCCCGUUCAUUCCCACUGCGACUAGGCUCAAGAUGUAAUACAUUUUUUAACAACAAGUUGAUAUGUAUUUUGAAUCUAAUAAACUGAAACUGGUGUCAGACUUUC